AUGCGGCGUGAUUUGUUCACAGUUAUUCAACUGGGUGCUGGCUUCGCCUUUAUUUUCUCGGCGUUUAACUCUCAAGGAUUGAUUGAGGUGGCAGUGUUGCGAAAAAAGGCCGAGACUGCGCCGGAGACCGGAAUCACAACGAACAGUGGAUAUUACAGUCUCUCCAUUAUCUACUUCUUUUUCACAUUCUUCAACCUUGUUAUCCCAUCGAUUGUGAAGAAACUCGGAGCAAAAUGGUCGCAAAUCAUCGGUGCCGGUGGAUAUUUGUUCUUCAUGCUGACGUUUCUCUACUUGAAUGUGUAUCUGCUCUAUUUUGGAUCCGCUGUGCUUGGUGCUGGAGCUGCUUUGCUAUGGGCUGGAAACGGAUGUUAUCUCGUGGAGAUUUCACGGAGAAACAAAAUGGAACGUAACUCCGGUAUCAUGUGGGCAAUGCUUCAAUCAUCACUUAUCACAGGUGGAAUCUUUUUGAUCUACGUGCUCCGAUCAGGCGAUCUCUCUAAUUCUUUCAACUUCAUCUACAUGGCAUUUUCUGCGGUGAUUGCACUGGGAAUCGCUGUUCUGAUCUUCAUGCCAAACAAUCCAGGACAAUAUGGACAACAAAAUGAAGAUCUGGAUCACAGCAUCGAAGAACAAUUGAUCCCGCCAGAAUCAGAUAACACGCCUGUGGUCGAUCCAUCUUUUGGUGAACAACUGAAGAGCAUGAUCUCCCUUCUGCUAACCCCAAAUAUGUUAUGCCUGGCGGUUCUCUUUGUGUAUAGUGGAUUGGAAAUGACGUUCUACACAGGUGUGUACACCUCGUGCUUAUCUGCCACUCUGCCAUUGAAAGCGUUCUCGGAUCUUGUAAUCCCUUACAAUGCUCUGUUGAUCGGUGCUGGACAAAUUGUUGGAGGAGUUCUCACGGGACCUCUCGGAAGAUUGUUGAGACUCCGCAGCCAACAUAUCAUCUUUCUUGCCUUUGUUGGACAUCUCACUGCAUUCGGAUUAGUAUACCUCUGUCUUCCAUACGACUCGACCGUUCGUACAUCCGAUGCCACAACCUACAUGGCGCCAACUCUAAACCUCACUCUCAUCAUCUCCUUCCUGCUUGGUGUCUCCGAUGCAUUCUGGCAGACUCAAAUUUAUGUGACCAUCGGACAAACGUUCAAGGAGGAUCCGGUAAACGCGUUUGCUAUUUUCAAGUUCUUCCAGUCAAUGGCGGCGUGCGUCUCAUUCUUCUACAGUUCCUUUUUGUACCUUCCAUCUCAACUUUUAAUUCUGAUUGUUGGAUGUCUUGCGUCUACACUGUUCUUUUUGAAGGUCAAAUUAGAGAUCGACAGCACCAGUGUCGAAGCAGUUCGGGAAAGAGAAAUUUGA